GGCUCUGUGUUCAGGUAAUGUUACUGUUGGAAAAUUGUAUAUAUAUGUUAUCAUGCGUUCUCUUUUAGUUUCUAUAUUACUAUAUUACAGUAAAUGAUGUCUCGUUAGAUCUACCGUUAGAUUAGAUCUGCGUACGUGCGUUCGUUGUUCUGCUUUGCUGUUCUUAUGUCCACCACAGAAUACCACAUCAGCCAAGGUGUGAGGUCUUGUCUCGGUCAGCGAGAGACAGCAGCAACGACAUUGUGUCAGCCUUCCUCAAGUGGCUGACUCGGCACCUCACACCCUCAAGAAAUGGAGCGCUGGGAGCGCCCCUGGUCCUUGCUGAUAAGACUGCUUGAACCCAUUGAACUUGAUGAACUCUGUUUGCUCUUUCCUAUGUCGCCACAUUAGCAUAACGUUUGCAGUAAUCUACACACACCAGAAGUUUCCUGCGCUUACCAAAAGCAGAAACCGUUUGCGCUUCCCCCUACCCUUAUUUGGUUUCUGCUACACAUGUGAUGAGGAAAAUUCCCCAAAUAAAGAGAGCAAGGAUGCAGACAGACUUUAGUGUAGGUUGGGCAUUGUAAGCUGUCUGUACUGCACUCCUUGCGCAAGCUACGACUCAAUAUUCUGCCUCACUUGUGGUCUGUCCGUUGGUGCGUUUCUCUUAACAUUUAUUCACUCUGUCUGUAAAAACCUAACAGAAAUUGGGGGCUCGUCCGGGAUUUCUAUACGUCCUUGCGGCUCCGGCGGGACUCCUCGACGCAGGAAAAAUCCUUGGCCAAGGUAAACAAAGCCCUUUGACGGGACUGCCUCGAGCGGUUCGGCUGGACGCUGGGGGGACUGCCGAAAUCACCCGAGGAAAAGGACCAGCGGACUGUGAGUAGGAAUAUUGAUUCUACUAAAAGGAAUGAAUGAGCGGUGACAAGAGGUCACUUAAAGAGAAAAGUGACGAGAAGUCACUAAAACCUUGGGAAUUCUAGACCCUGUCAAGUGAAAUAGGAACAGUUAAAUUCCGCGGGGCGGUGCGGAGCCCCCUAACUAAUUGUUAGUUAAACCUAGCGAUUAAUUGUUAGUUAAAUUCCGCAAGGAGGUGCGGACUCCUCUGUUAUUCCUAAAAGUGGUGAAAAACGCGUGUGGUGUGUUUGUGUGCGGUUUGACUGAGAGUGAUCUCAUUUGAGCUCUCCUCUAUAUAAAAACACAGGAUUGUAAACAGUGGCUUUGUGUGAGGUGCAGAGGCUAGAGAACUCUCCGCUUCCCUGCUGGGAAGGUGAAAGGAGACUUACUCCACAUCGAAUAUUUAACCACUGUCCUGUGAAUAAAGUUGGCUUUAGGACACUGUAGGUGCCAUUCGAACCGCCAACUCCGAAAUUUAGAAAAUAAAACCAUGGGAAAUUUAAACAGCAAACGAAACUCUUUACCUCGAGAUAAAUUAAAAUGCAAAGAUUGGAAAUUAAUGGAAUGGGUCGACCCUAAAAAUGUGAAAUAUCUCGAUAAAUGGAUAACGAAUUAUAACUUCGAUGGUCAAUUGAGUGCAAACUCAUUAAACAAUCUCAAACAAUCGAUUAUUGCCAAACAUGGUGCAAAUAAAAAGAAUAAAGAUGGGUAUCAUUUAAUAGUGAAAUGGGAAUUGGAAGCAGAAAAAAGAAAAUGUGGACAAAUAAAAGAAAAAUUAAAGAACAAAAGGAGCGAAGAAAAGUCCGUCUCCAAAGAGAGCCUUUUAUUGCACAGACGAGAAGAUGAUGAAACUUCAGUAGCGCGGCCUCGCUUGAGAGCCGUGCCCGAGGAGGGGGUGGAUUCAGAUGAGAAAGAUGAACAGAUUGUUAGGAGAAGUACUGUGGAGCGCGAGCGAUUGUACCCACAAUUGCCGGUCGUAGAUGACCCUCCAAAAUAUAGUGAUUUUGCUCACGCCAUGGUUACGCGGAGCCGCGUAAAAGCGGAAGCUCCCUCUCCAUCGGCCCCCGUAGCAGACGGCAGCCCGAACUACAUGGGCGCAGGAGUAACCGAGGCCUACCCAAUGAUUCAAGUGGCAAACCCCCAUGAUGACGGAGGGCCCACUAUUUUAGUCUACAGAACGUGGACUCAUGCUGAUGUAAAAUCAGCCACUGAGGGAAUAGCAUUGCCGUCUGAAGAUGUUGAGCAAUAUUGUACUGACAUGAUGCAACUCAUUGCUUCUUAUAAUUUAAGAGGAGAUGAGGUGCAACAAGUUUUUAUGGCAACUUUGACCAAAGACUGGGCCAGUGUCAAGGGCAAUUGGGAUCCUUUUGAUGAAAAUGGCCGCCCAUUGGAAUAUAAUGGGCUGCCAUUGAGAAAUCAAAUUGAGCAACUUUUGGGCAGGAUAAAAACUAAAUUUCAACGUAGAGCAAAUUAUGCAGAAAUUGGUCGAACCAAACAAAAAGAGGAUGAAUUGUUUGAAGAUUAUAGACACAGAUUGGAGAAAGUGUUCAAAGCCAAUAGCGGCUUGGUACCUGGAACUGAGGUUUACAACCAGCAGUUCAAAAAUGCUCUACAUACAAAUUCGCGACCAGCAAUUCAAAACUGGGUUGUGAAACAUAUGAUCACUUUCCCUACUUCCACACUGCCACAAUUUAUUGAUCAUGCCAUGCAUGCUGAGAAAGUUGUUAAUUUGAAAAAAGGAAAAGAAAAAGGGAAAGUGGCUACCAUUUUUUUUGCUGAUAAAGACUCACAUGAUGCAUUUUAUCAAAACAAAACUUUUGAACCUUACCAGAAGAAGCAUGGUCGUGGAAACUUCCGCGGCAAGGGCAGGGGAGGCUACCGGCAUGGUGCUCUCGGUUAUGGCCCGACAGGUCAACCGAAGCAACCUAGCACUCAGCCUCCUGUCUGCUGGGCGUGCGGCAAGGAGGGCCACAUAGCAAAAUAUUGUCCGGACCCCCAUAAAAGCGGGGCUGUCCCUCCCUUGUGACUAACCGACAGUCAGCAUGGAACUGAAGGAGCUGUUUUGACAACAGCUCCCCCUAUUGAUGCAGAUUUGAACAUUCAGGACUUGUUGAUGAACAAUGUAGAGAAACCUGUGAUAACUUUGUUUGUGAAUGGUACUCCCAUUACCUUUUUGUGUGAUUCAGGAGCGUGCAUCACUACUUGUCGCGACAUUCCUGCGGAUGUGCGAGAAGGCGGGAGAUCCUUUUGGGUGAGGGCAGCAAAUGGAAUGACAACUCCAGUUCCUCAGUCUCAUCCAGUCUGGAUACGGGACCCUGAAGGAGGAAGUUGUUGCAUUCCUGUCUUGCUGAUGCCAAAUUGCCCUAUUAACUUGCUUGGAAGAGAUGCUCUCACUGCUCUUGGUCUUUCUCUAGUAUCUCUUGAUGACAAAAUCGUUGUCAAAAGGCGUCACCAAUUACAAAUAUUUGGUCAAUUUCAUUGCUACUAUUUUUAUUCAUUGGAUUUAAUUGACCCCGAGGUGAGACAAUUUGGGUCUCCUCUUUUGGCACGGGCCAGAAGCCUUUUGCGAUGCCCUGAGCAGGCAAUGGAACCAAACGACUUGCACGUGACCUUGUGGCACAAGGACACGCCCGGUCCUGACCAAAACUACGAAGCCAUGCUUAAGGCUGCUACGCCUAUCAUCUUGAGAGCAGCUUUCCUCUUACAUGAUGGUGAAAGCCGCGCUUGUGUAGUCAUGCAGCCAGCUCCCUCUAGAAUCGAAAAUUUACACAAGACGGCCACCCCGCUCCAUAUCUCUUUGUUCCGACCUUUUUCAUCCACAUGGCAAAGCGUGGGAUUCAUGGCCAAAGACGGAUUGGCUGCCCUUGACUGGACUCGAGAUAGUUCUGGUGUUCUUUACAGUCCUUCUACCAAGCUUUUCAGAAGUGUCUCGAACCACAUCUUUUUCCUUUCUUGUGGUGUGCAUGCUAAAACUUGUUCUGAGAAAGCACCCUCAGCUUGACAUUUUGUGUUGUCACCAGGAGAUGAGCAGGUCCUCGCUGAGGUCCCGACUGAUCUCUGGUCAACAGGGCCCUCUGACGUUGGGUUGGUGAAAAGUGCACUUCCUGUUGUCAUUAGACCUAAGACUGAGUACCGUCCUUGUGUGCGACAGUAUCCAUUGAAACCCGAUGCCCUGCAAGGCAUCGCACCUGUUAUUUCGGAUUUGCUAAAAGCUGGUGUCAUUAUUCUCUGUCCUGAUUCUCCUUGUAAUACUCCGAUUUUUCCUGUGAAGAAAGCGCCUCCUUCUGUCGGGUGGAGAAUGGUGCAAGAUUUGCAAGCAGUGAACAGCGCCGUCAUUCAGAGGGCACCUUGUGUCCCUGACCCACACACCUUGUUGAAUUCAUUGACGCCUGAUGCAAAGAUAUUCUCAGUAAUUGAUAUUAGCAACGCUUUCUUCUCUGUUCCUGUUGCUGAAGAAAGCCAGUUUUGGUUUGCAUUUACUUAUGCUGGCUCGAGGUACACCUUUACCAGACUGCCCCAAGGGUACUGCGAAAGCCCAACUAUCUAUUCGCAGGUACCAGGUUACUGGCCUCCUGGCUCCAGUGAAGAAGCUGUGUUUUUUGCUAAACGUAUCACUUUGAAGAACCAAGGCUCAAGCCUUCUUUUGACCGUUACACUCCCUGAUGACACGGUUCGGCCCCCUCACGCUACCCUGCUCAAUACUUCCUGUUGGGGUUUUCAGUUGUGGGCUUGGUCCUCUGGGAAGGAUCCUCAGUUUCCUAUUGUCCUUUGCGUUAACAAAACUAUGCGGGGCGCUGACAGUCCCGUGUUGAGCGACUUUUCCAAAACAUCUGGGGCAGUGAUUACGAGCGUGGCCCUCACCGAUGUAGACAGUCACUUUGUGGCCUCCACAGGUAUGAGUGGCCAGACUAACAAUUGGCUCCUCAUGGCCGAGCAAGCUGCUAAUGUGACUAACACCAGUUGCGUUGUGUGUAUGGGCCCACGGCCCCUCUUGAGAAUCAUUCCCGCGAGUGUGGCUCCUGAGUGUGCGAUUUUUGUGAUGUCUACCCCUUCCAUUCCGUCUGCUCAUCCUUGCUCCAGUUGGGACAAGGUCUAUCCCGUUUCCUCCUUGGCAAAGUCCAAACCCCUUUUUUCCACUGAUGUUGCUAAAGGUAAUUUCACGUGCAUCAAGUUGCCCGGUACCGGCGCAAGCCUAGGCGUUUUGUCAGCUCCUUUGUGCACUUCCCUGUUCUAUGGCGCUGCCUUUUUCUCACCCAUCGCUCGUAGUGAUAUUUGGUUUUGGUGCAACACUGACAAACUUUAUGAUAGUCUCCCUUUUAAUAGCUCUGGUACUUGCGCUUUGGUGACCCUUUUGCUUCCCGUUUUAUUAAUGCCCGCAUCUACUCAUGAGCUAGACGUUUUUAUUGAUUCUUUUGUGCCCCGACCCUGGUCGAGGGCUAAGCGGAGUGCCGAGUGGCAAGGCGCGGCGGAUCCGACCUAUAUAGAUGCCAUUGGAGUUCCCAGAGGAGUGCCGGAUGAGUAUAAGCUGGUGAACCAGAUAGCAGCUGGUUUCGAAUCCUCCAUUUGUUGGUGGUGCACCCUUAACAAAAAUGUUGACAGGAUCAAUUACAUCCACUACAACGUGCAGAGGCUUGGAAUUUGGACCGAGGCGGGCUUCAGAGCGGUCCACUCCCAGCUGGCCGCGACUUCCCUCAUGGCUUUCCAGAACCGGAUGGCCCUUGACAUGCUACUCGCUAAGGAGGGCGGUGUCUGCGCCAUGUUCGGACGACUUUGAGCUCCCACGGCCCCCGAGUUGUCAUCUUCGCAUUGACUCCAUUGAUGAGGCCCCCGCUGUGGACCUGUCCGACCUUUUUCCUGAGUCCGACGUUGUCUGAUUGGCUUCGGUCGCCUCCCGGGUGUAAAUUUGUUCUUAUGACGUAUGAUCCUGCGGCUGAAAAUCUUUUGAAGUAGCCUUUGGGUGAUUUGAGGGUCUCUGAGAACUUAUGAUAAACAGGGGGGAAUUGUUGGAAAAUUGUAUAUAUAUGUUAUCAUGCGUUCUCUUUUAGUUUCUAUAUUACUAUAUUACAGUAAAUGAUGUCUCGUUAGAUCUACCGUUAGAUUAGAUCUGCGUACGUGCGUUCGUUGUUCUGCUUUGCUGUUCUUAUGUCCACCACAGAAUACCACAUCAGCCAAGGUGUGAGGUCUUGUCUCGGUCAGCGAGAGACAGCAGCAACGACAUUGUGUCAGCCUUCCUCAAGUGGCUGACUCGGCACCUCACACCCUCAAGAAAUGGAGCGCUGGGAGCGCCCCUGGUCCUUGCUGAUAAGACUGCUUGAACCCAUUGAACUUGAUGAACUCUGUUUGCUCUUUCCUAUGUCGCCACAUUAGCAUAACGUUUGCAGUAAUCUACACACACCAGAAGUUUCCUGCGCUUACCAAAAGCAGAAACCGUUUGCGCUUCCCCCUACCCUUAUUUGGUUUCUGCUACACAUGUGAUGAGGAAAAUUCCCCAAAUAAAGAGAGCAAGGAUGCAGACAGACUUUAGUGUAGGUUGGGCAUUGUAAGCUGUCUGUACUGCACUCCUUGCGCAAGCUACGACUCAA